AUGAAGAAUUUAGCGAGGGGACAUUUAGAGGAGAUGGGCGCAAUCAAUCGUAGUUUGUCUGCUCUUAUUCUCUGUAUACAACAGCUUAAUACUGAGACACUUGCUACAUUAAGAUUAGCAGUAAGAGCAAAGGCUGUUCGUCUCUCUGCUAGGCCUAAUCAGCUUACGGAUACACCGAGUUUGCUGCAGACACUAAAGAAGGAAGCAAAGGUAUUAAGGGAUUUGCUGCAGGAAAAUGGCAGCAGCAGCAGCAGCGGACGCAGCAGUGGUAGCAACAGCACCAACAAGCAGCUGCAGCUGCAGCUACGAAGAAAUCAGCAGCAGCAGCAAAGACAAAAGAGAUGUGAUAAUGAAGGGGAGGAAGAAGAAGAGACAAUAACGGAGAUUUGCUGCUCUACUCAAGGAGGAGCAGCAGCAACUGGAUUAACAACACAAACAGCAGCAGCAGCAGCUGCUGCAGCACUAUCUGCACACCCCUACCCUCAACGAAUAUGCUGCCCUGCUGCUGCUGCAGCAGCAGCAGCAGCAUCAGGAGGCGGCAUGCGUCGCUCUAUUUCUUGUCCCUCUAGUCAGUUUAUGCUGCCUAAAUAUAAAGACAGAACUAAGUGUACUCCGCUGCUGCAGCCGACACCCCAAAGAUGCACUGCAUGCGGAGAGAGAACACUCCCCACGGGCUGUCUAGACACUGCAGCAGCAGCUGCUGCUGCAGCUCUUGCAGCCGCUGCAGCAACAGCAGUGCCGGCCAGUCCUACGAGUCAGACUCAGCGAAUGCUCCUUGCUGCAGCUGCACAACAACAACAGCAGCAGCAGCAAGAGUUGUCCAUAAGGGACUCCUUCCCUAUAUGGAGAAAUCUGCAGCAGCACGAGAUAACCAACAGAAACUCCUGGGAGCCUCAGCCAGCUGGAGGUGAACACAAUGCUGCAACUGCAGCAGCAGCAGCAGCUGCUGCUGCAGCUGCUGCAGUUGUUGCUGCUGCAGCUGCUGCACGCGAUGAAAAACAGCAGCAGCAGCAGCAGCAGCAGAAGCAGCAACAUCAGCAGCAGCAGCAGAAUGCAAGCAACAAUGAGGACUUCUGCUGUUGCUGCGACACGUUCGAGGACAACCGGGCCACCACACCUAGAGCAGCAGCAGCUGCUGCUGCUGCGGCUGCAGCAGCUGCUGCGGCAGCAACUGCUGCCACGGCCACUGGUGCUGCUGUUUCACCCCUAGAGGAGUCCAUUGGAUGCCGCCCAAUAGCACCAGCAGCAGAAACAACGGAAGCAACAGCAGCAGCAACAACAACGAAGCCAGCAGCAGCAGCACCAGAGGAGGAGGAGAUUAGUAGCGUGAUAACAGAAGAACUGGAGCCCGCGUAUCCCCCAUUCGAAGGCAGCAGCAACAGCAGCAACAUGCAGCAGCAGGAAGAGCAGCAACAGCAAAGCCUGCAGGAGGAAAUUCUACAACCAGAGGUUAAGGAAGAGGAGGAGCAGCUGCUGCAACAACAGCAGCAAACAGAGCAGCUUGAGCCAGAACUGCAGCAAGAGACAGAAGAGGAGCCACUGGAAAGCCAAUUCGAUGUUGAAAAACCGAACGUGCAGCCGCCGCCGCCGCCGCCGCAGCAGCAGCAGCAGCAGCAGCAGCCGCAACAGCAGCAACAGCAGCAGCCGCAGCAGCAUUCGCAACAGCAGCAGCAGCAGCAGCAGCAGCAGCCGCAGCCGCAACAGCAGCCAUACAAGGAAGACAGCACCGUGGCAUCUGAGAAGCUGCUCAAUCACUUGCUGCAACAGCAACUACUGCAGCAAAUGCAGCAGCAGCAGCUGGAGACGCAGCAGCUUAAAAUAGAGCGCCUAUUGGCAGAGCACGAAAGACUAAAGCAGCAGCACAAGAUAACUACAGAACAACUCGUUAUGCAACAACAGCAGCAGCAACAGCAACAGCAACAGCAACAGCAACAGCAGCCAAGUGAUGUUGUCUCCCCUGACCCUCUUGCUGCAAUAGCGGCGCCAGCAGCUGCAGCAGAUGAAUUUGCAGAUACUGCAGAACCUGCAGCAGCAGCAGCAGAAGACCUGACAGAAGAAGCAGAAGGGAAGGAAGAGGAGGAGGAAGAGAUGCUGUUGCUGCAGCAGCAGCAGCAGCAGCAGCAAUCCUUCGAUAGUCUUACAGAAGACGGCUUGGCUGAUCCCAGCAAAACAUCAGCAACAGCAGCUCAGCUGUACAGGCAGCAGCAGCUACAUCAGCAGCUGCUGCAGGAGCACCGCGAGCUGGAGCAGCAGCGGCUGCACCUAACAGCAUGCAUACAGGAAAUUAAAAGUAGGUCUGUGCAAGCUUCUCCCUCGAACAGUCAGCUGCAGCAGCAGCAGCAGGGAGCACACCUGGUGCCGCUGCGGCCAUAUGAAGGGACCGGCAGCAGCAGCAGCAGCAACAACAUAUGUAACAACAGAAGCAGCAGCAGCAUCAACAGCAACAGAAGCAGCAGCAACAGAAGCAGCAGCUGGAAGUCUCCAACGCAUUGGGAAACCACACAUGGUUUACCUUCAUGGGAACAGCAGCAACAGCAGCAGCAACAGCAGCAGCACGAGCACAACAACAGCAGCCCAAAUCUGCGUAUGUCUCUACCCCGUGUAGUUCGACGUUCACAGGGUUCCCUAGAGAGGCAGCAGCAACUGCAGCAGCAACAACAGCUUCUGCUGCUGCUGCAGCGAGAACACUCAGCAGGCACCUUCUCCACUCGUACAAGCACCAAGACAAGCACUUGCAGCAGCAAUGUUGUUGCAGAGGCAGCAGCAGACCCUUGGGUGCUUCAGCAGCAGCAGCAGCAGCAACAGCGAAUGCUGCCACAGCAGCAAAUGCAGCAACAACUGCAGCAUCAGCUGCAACAACAGCAGCAGCAACCGGAGUUGUGGCAAACGGUUCAAAACACAACAGCAACAGGAACAGUUGCUUCUUGGACCGAAUACCCCCAGCAGCAGCAGCAGCAGCAGCAGCACAAGCAUACCUUGCAGCAGCACGUUGGCAGCAGCGCGUCGCUUUUGGGAUGCUCUCCGCCCUAUGCACCUCACCACCAACAGCUGCAGCAGCUGCAGCAACAGCAGCUGCAGCAGCAGUAUCUGCAGCAGCAGAAGCAGCAGCAUGAGAGCCAAUCUGUGCCCUUCAGAGAUAUUCCUCCAGGCACAGCCUUAAGGCAUAUAGAUAUGCUGCCGCCGCACCACCACCGGCAGCAGCAGCAGCAGCAGCAGCAGCACAGGAGUCUUGAGGAUGUGUCUCCUUGGUUAUCCUCACCUGCAGGAUUGCCUCCUCUUAGACCUAAGUACCAGGGGGCCCCUCCCAUUCCCACCAUCUCUCGUGGGGUCCCCCAUCCCGGGGGCCCCCCUUCAGGGGUUCCCCCCCUACCUAGGGGCCCCCUCUCUAGACAUCCUCGUGCAGCAGACAGCAGCACGAAUCUACAGCAGCAAAUGGACUUAGGGUUUGAGAGUUCUCCUCCUUUUGCUGCUGCUGCCGGAGGUGCUGCAGUGGGGGCCUCCUCGUGGGUCUAUCCCCCGUCAUCCACCUACCGUAAGGAGCAGAGCAUGAGGGCAGCAGCAGCAGCAGCACCAGUCAGCAGCAAACCACAGUUCGAUGAAUAUGCUGCUGCAGCAAGGCUUCCGAGGGGCCACCCAGAGGGUAACUUCAUGCCUAGCGCCCCUGCAGUGCCCUUCGGAGGCGGCCAGGGAGUUGGAGGGGCCCCCCUUCACUGCACCCCCACUGGGUACCAACAGCAGCAGCAGCAGCAACAACAGCAGAUGUUGUUGCGCUCGUGGGGCAAUGCCCAGAGACGCAGCGCUUCUUACACUCCUCCUUCUGUCCCUGACAUGCAGGAAGGGACACCGACAGCACCAGCAGCAGCAGCGCAUGCUGAAGCAGCAAGAGAUCUUAGCCCUUAUAUGCCACGACAGUUGUUAGAUCCCCUCCCCUACUGCAGCAACAGCAGCAGUAAUCUUGUAGCAGCAGCACCGCCACCAGCAGCAAGGGUUUGGCGCAGUGGAAGCCUUUGCAGCUUCAGGGAAAAAUCAAUACCCCACACUCCUCUUCCUGCUGCUCCUGCAGCAGCAGCAGCUGCUGCUGCUGCUUCUGGAGCGGAGGCCUGCUAUAGUAGUGCAGGAAGGUAUGGCUACUACUAG